AGUCGGACGCAGCAGUCACACAGCCUCCAUCCGUCGCCUCCUGGUCAAGAUGAAGCUGCUCCUCUCUCUCCUGGUGCUCUGCACGCUCUCCGCCACAGCCGGAGCUCUCACGUGCUUGCAGUGCACCAGCUCCAGUAACCCCAACUGCCUGCUGCCUGCCACUGAAACCUGCACGGCGUCUGAAACGGCGUGCAUCAACGCAUUCGUCACAGAUCAAGAUGGAAAUGAGAGGAUCUUCAGGAGGUGUGCUGGACCCGGACUGUGCCCAGGCCUUGGCCAGACUUUAGUUGAAGCCAGUGUGGGUGCGGUGGCCGUCGCUGCAUUUCGGGAAUGCUGUGAUUCAGAUAACUGCAAUGGAGGCAAUCUUACCUUCCCCGAUCCUCCGCAACCAAAUGGAAAAACGUGUCCUGGUACGACUCCUCCUGAUGCCACCUUCACUGAUGUGGUGCAGUGUCGAGGAAAUCAGGACACCUGCUUUCUGGGACAAGCUAUACGGAAUGGAGCCCUCGUGACUAUUGGUGGAUGUGGAAGCUCCGACGUGUGCGACAGUGCAAACGAACUCGAACAGGUGCCGUUUAUCGAGGGAGCUGUCCGUGUCGAUGUGAUGUGUACCGCAAUAACAACUACAACUACAACUACAACUACAACUACUCCUCCGACUACAACUUCAACUACUCCUCCGACUACAACUACAACUACUCCUCCGACUACAACUUCAACUACUCCUCCAACAACUGAGCCACCCACUUUUGGGAUGCCUCCACCCACCGAUGUGCCGCCUGCAACCGACUUGCCAAAAGACCCCAAGGCGUUCUUGGCCAAAUUCAAAUUUCUGGUGGUUAAACUGAAGCUUCUGUCGGCUGCAAUCAAGCUGCAGCUGGCCCAGCUGCUCCAGCAACACCAGCUGGUGCUCUUCCAACUGCAUCUGCAGCUGCUGGACUACCAGCAGCAACUGCUGAUCCAACAGGAAGGGCUGCCCAUCGACCACCACCACCAACUGCCUCUGUACUACCAGCAAUGCCUGCUGGUCAGCCAGCACCAACUGCUGCUCCAUCAGCUCCACCUGUCUCUCAGCGGGCAGCAACACCUCCUGCAGCUCCUCUACUACCAGAAAGUGUAUGUCCACCAGCUACAACAGCUGCUGCACUAUCACCACGGCCACCUGCUGCCCCACUACUACGGUUACCUGGCGCACUACUACUAUUACAAUCAAGCCACCACCCCCGAGGAACCCACCACCGAGGAACCCACCACCACCACACCUGUGGUGGGGGAAGGGUAGACAUCUUCCAAAUGUUAGAGAACCGUCAUCACAAUGUUUUCAAUCAUCAGCCUUCUUUCAAUGUCUUUGAGUCAAAUUUAACUCCAGAGGGAAACUAAUCAACUUCACUCAAUCCCUUCAUCUACCUGCUGCUGUCUUUUAUUCCACUGAUCAAUAAAUCUACAUCGGCAAAUUAAGCUGCU